AUGUCUUCUGCUGAAGACGAAAAGACGUCGGCUGUCUCAAAAAAUGAGUCGAGGUUUAGGCCAACUAUUUUCAGCAAUGCACCCAAUCAUCUCGAUGAUCAUCUCCUGUCCCAGGGCAGAAAGAAUCUCAAGAAAUGGCUGGGACUCAUGGUGCGUGUCACACUGAAGAAUAAAAUGACUGUGAUGGGCAUCUUUAGCUGCACCGAUCAUGAUCAGAAUAUAGUAUUGGAUUGUAGUGCGUUCAAUGAAAUUGGUAUGGUCAUCGUCACUGGCAAUCAAAUAGAUAAAUUUGAGGUGAAUGUGCCUCAAAAUAUGGAACAAGAGAUGGACAAAGAUGCCGAGCAAUCGAACUAUCCAGAGAAAGUUAAUUAA